AUGCAGCAGCAACAACAACAGCAAGCACCACAGCAGCAGCAACAGCAGCAGCUUUGGUCAACUCUGCUAAAGUCUGCAAGCAGUGCAAAUAGCGUUCCAUCUGGAACAUUGUUAUUACUAGGUGGCACACCUAAAUCACAGACCUUGCUGAUCCAAUGCAUCCAGCGCGCUGCUGGAAAACCCGAGACCCGACCUCCGCGGAUCGCAAAUUCAUUUGGGUUAGGCUAUACAUAUGUUCAGUUUAAAGACUUUGAUCAUGAUGACUGGGAUACCCCGCCAUUAGCUUCCUGGGCCCGCGACAUUUCAGCAUGGCUUGUUUUAUUGCGACAGGCCCUCGCAGGCGUCGAUUCCGCACUCUUAGACAUUAAUAAAGACUCGUUCCGCAGGCGAUUACAAAUGUAUGUGGCUCCUAGUAGCGACGGUGCAGUCGACGCAAAACAAACAUUUACGGUCGAAAUGCCGCUUGAAAUAGGCCAGUAUGAUCUUCCAUUGGGUAUUGAUCUUGCAUUUAUAGCCACAGGAGCUGAGAGCUUAUUACGCAGUGACUCUAUCUCAGACGAUACUGUCGAUUUUGUACAACAGUUUUUGCGUUCGGUUGCACUCAAACAUGGGGCCUCGGUUCUUUAUACCCAUAAAACAAUAACUAUUUCUGAAGACCAAUCGUCUUCGUCAUCAUCGCAAAGUAUACAAGUCGAUCCUGUUGUCGCACUUUUGUCUGAACGAUUGGAACUACCAGUGGGAUACUCCCAACGCAUUGAACGACUGGUUCCUGCAGUAAUUAAUGCAGACUCGAUUGCCAUUCCUGCAGGCUGGGAUUCGCGAGGUAAAAUUGAGGCAGUUCAUGAGGGGUUCAAUUUUGAAAUUGUGGAUGCGCAAUGGAGUCACGACGCUCAAAACGGAGCUGGCAAAGUGGUGACAUAUUACGAGGGCGAAAUACUACGGCUAGUAGGACCUGAAGAAUAUGACAAAGAGGGAGGAAAGGAAAAGGGACCUAAUGGAUCGAAUACAUUUGUUGCAGAAAAAAAGACACAGUUCCAAGAGUUUAUGAGUAAACAAUACGCAGUCCUUAGCGCCCACCAAAGCCCUGCAAACAAAUCAGAAAAAUACUACAAUAUAGGCGGGAUCCAGAUUGACAGCGCUGACGAAGUGUACCGACGACUUAAGCAGCAAGAGGCUGCAAAUCACGAGGCUGAUGAAGAGGCUGCGGCAUCUGCAGAUGUUUCCAUGACGUUAUCGUCGCCUGGAGCCGAGAGUGCCGAGGUGUCACCAGAUCCCACGGGGAUAUCUUUUUUUAAUAAUUCUGCGGCAGGAUCAGACCAAUAUUCACCUACUGCAAUGCGUGCACCAUCUGGAGGAAUCCCUGGGUUUGUGCCAUUGGGACGUCCCAAAGGUGUGGCAUAUGAUUUAGGCAAUGAUAAUGAAGUGAUUGGGAUGCCCACACGGCCGCGUUUAGACGUGUAA